CUUUCGCAAACAUAAAUUAUUACGAUGACAAUGCAAGUUCCUACAAAUGUGGAUCCUGAACAAAUAAAAUCUGUUCGAGAUUUUGUGGUAUCUUAUAAUAAAUUAACAGAAACUUGUUUUCUUGAUUGUAUACAUGAAUUUACUAGCCGAGAUGUUAAAACAAAGGAAGAAACCUGUGCUCUAAACUGUAUGGAAAAGUUUUUGAAAAUGAACCAAAGAAUAUCUCAACGGUUUGAGGAAUUUCAACUGCUUGCUAAUGAAAAUAUACUUGCGGCUAAAAAAAAAUUAAACGAAGAUAUAAGUACUUGA